AUAAGAGGCUUGCUGAGAUGGGCGUAGAAUUUAUUUCUUACAUCUUUUCAAGUCAUUAUUUUUCCAUACUCAUUGAAUUUUACAUUUUGGAAUGGAGGACGCCAUGAGUAGCGUUGCCUUAUAGAGCACCAGAACAGCCUUAAGACACCCUCAACGUUGUGGAUGGAUGGGAUAAAUACACAAGAAAGAAGCCAUUCAAUUUCACUCACCUGCUGGAUUAAGAUUUUAUAUAUUUGACCAUCUUCAGUUUUUCUACUACCUUAAGUUGUUACACAAGUACGUUCCUUAGUAAUCUCCAAGUAGUUUCCACAUUCAUGCCUACAUCUCAGCCUAAGACAAUGCUUAGUGCUGAUGCCUCCUUCAGCUCCAGGCAGGAGCUCCUUGACCUUCAUGGCCUCUCUUUGACCAGAGGUCCCUCUCUGGACACACCCAGCCCUGUGGACUCUCAUCUCACAGACUCAGGACCCAGAAGCGCUGAAACUCCCGUUCAACAAUGCAUUUUCACUGGAGCUUCCACCUUUCCAGAACAGAUUCAUGGGAAGCAAGCGACCCCUUGCACAGAGUCACAGAUUAGAUCAAAUCAAACACCCACAGAGUCGGUUCAACUUUGUGGCUGGGGGGCUCUGACACCCAAAGCUAUCCAAGUCUUCAACACUCCACGCUGGGUGUUGUUUUUUCUGUGUGUGGCCUCUUUCCUCCAAGGGAUGAUCAUAAAUGGCUUGAUCAACACAGUGGUGACAACUAUUGAGAGGCGCUUCGACCUGCGAAGCUACCAAGCGGGUCUCAUCGCCAGCUCCUAUGAUAUAGCAGCAUGCGUUUGUUUAGCCUUUGUCAGCUACUUCGGCGGAACGGGCCACAAGCCUCACUGGCUUGGUUGGGGGGUGCUUCUCAUGGCACUGGGUUCUCUGGUCUUCGCCCUGCCUCACUUCACCACGCCACCUUACCAGGUCAAUCUUCCUGAACAAACUGAAAUAUGCUCUGCCAACCGGACCAGCUCGUGCCAGAACCAAGAAGUUGGGGGAUUGUCCAACUAUCGAUUUGUAUUCAUGCUGGGACAAUUUCUGCAUGGUGUCGGUGCCACACCUCUUUACACCUUGGGAGUCACGUAUCUGGACGAGAAUGUUAAGUCAAGCUACGGGCCUGUUUACACCGGAAUCUUUUAUACUGCAGCCAUUGUGGGUCCAGCAGCAGGUUAUCUGCUCGGGGGUUACUUCCUCAACAUUUACACUGACAUCAACCUCAAGACAAGAAUGACUCCAGAGAACCCUUUGUGGGUUGGUGCUUGGUGGAUUGGCUUCCUUGUCGGAGGAGCAGCAGCAUUGUUGGUGGCCUUUCCCAUCCUGGGCUACCCAAGGCAGCUGCCAGGUUCUCAGGAGCAUAAGGCCAUGCGCGUGUCUGAAGCCCACCAGCUCAAAGAUGGCAGUCAUACCACAGCUUCUGACCCUCAGUUUGGCAAAUCUGUGAAGGACAUGCCAAAAUCUGUACUACUUCUCCUAAAGAAUCCCACCUUCUUGUUUUUGUGCUUGGCUGGUGCUACAGAGGCCACCCUCAUUGCUGGCAUCUCUACAUUUGGUCCAAAAUUCUUGGAGUCUCAAUUCAGUUUCAGUGCAUCUGAAGCUGCCACAUGGUUUGGCUUCAUGGUGGUCCCCGCAGGAGGCGGGGGCACCUUCUUCGGGGGCUAUAUCGUAAAGAAACUGAACCUCCGCUGCCGAGGCAUCAUUCGUUUCUGCAUGAUCUGCGCCAUAGUCAGUCUGAUCGCCAUCUUCAUCUUUCUCUUCCACUGCCCCAAUCCACCCUUGGCCGGCAUCACUGCUCCUUAUCAGUCUGCUCUCAAGAGCCCGAUGGACCAGUUCAAACAGCUUUAUGACCAACCCAAUCGUCUGGGUCCAGGAAACAGCAGCUCUUCUGUACCAGAGGGCUUAAUAGUGGGCUGUAAUGCAGGUUGUGGCUGUGUCGAGGAGCUAUACAACCCAGUGUGUGGUUCUGAUAACAUCAUGUAUUAUUCCCCCUGUCAUGCUGGUUGCACCUCCAUCAACCACACAGAAAACGCUACAGGCAAAAAGGUUUACUCUGAGUGCAGCUGUGUGGAUGUAAAGAACGUCUCCUUGGACCAGAAUGGAAUUGCUACAGCAGGAAAGUGUAGUACCACCUGUCACCAUAUGCCAGCCUUCCUAUCAUUCCUCUUCAUCCUCAUCCUCUUCACCUUCCUCUGUAGCAUCCCGGCGCUCACUGCCACACUCAGGUGCAUGCCAGACAGUCAGAGAUCCUUUGGACUUGGCAUCCAGUGGAUUGUGGUGCGCACAUUAGGUGUCAUCCCGGGACGCAUUGCAUUUGGAUCCAUGAUUGACAUUUCCUGCUUGCUGUGGCAGGAUCAGUGUGGGGAGCAGGGCUCCUGCUACCUCUAUCAAAACUCUGCCAUGAGCCAAUACACACUCCUUGCUGGAGUCAUAUAUAAGUUUUUGGGGGUAAUCUUCUUCAUGCUGGCCAGCAUCCUGUACCAGCCUCCUCCAGAGUCGCCUCAAAGCAGCAAUGGAAGUAGUGACCACGAAACCUGUGACAAGAGCGACUUUCCCGUCGACCUGGCUACAGACGUUGUCAUCGUCAACCCGCAUGCCAGGUUUUGACAACAGAGACCUUCAUCUGCUGAUUCUCGGUGCUUCUUGGAUACCUCCAGCCUUCUCUUAGUCAUAGGGAGAUCCCCUCCAAAACACUCUCGGUUCUUCCUUUACAGUUUGACAUCAACAUCACCUUCAAAGGGGCGAUCGAGUAAAGGGAAAUUAACUAAAAUCACUUAGACACCAAUUUCCUAAUGUAAAGCAUGAAGAAUGCAUGAAUGUUGAGAAGAAUGAAAGUGAAGUCCAUCUCUAAACAUAUUGCCUUUGCUGUUACCAAAUGUUAAAAUGCAUUUCCGCCACCAAA